GAAUUCUCUCUCUCUCUCUCUCUCUCUCUCUCUCACACACACACACACACACACACACAGACACACAAAAUCCUAUCCUUUUCUCGUCAUAUAUCCACAGGCCAUUCUUUCUAGAAUAUAUUGAUAAGUUUUGGUUUCUGAGUGCCAAUAAAUUCUUUUUGCCUUUUCCCAAUUGGUUUUGGAUUCUUAUCAUCAUUAUUUAUUCAACUUGUUUUCAGGUCACCGGGAUCUAGUUCGGUUUUGCUCGCAAUUUACUGUAUUCUUGAAACUAAGUUCCCUCGCAGGGGGCCGAAAUCUUUGUUUCUUGUCCAUAAAUUGAAAUUUCUUGGUGGAUUUUCAUCAAAUCUAAUUCCUUUUUGAGUUGCCACUGUUCUCUUCUGAUGUGGGCUUCUUUCAUCUUGAUUGAAUUGAUCAAAAAAUCUAAUCUUUGUUUGAUUUUAUUGGUAUUAUACAAAUUAAAACCUGUUUUCUUAAAGUUUUUGUAAAAGAAAUGGUUACUGUAAAUCUGGGCACCCUUUACUAUGUACUGGAUCAUGUGUAUGGCGCAUUGCUGCAUAGAACAAAGUUAAGCCCACCAUUCUUUUCUAGGGGGUGGGGUGGAACAAAGCUUGAGCUUUUGGAGAGAAUGAUAAAGCAAUUGUUUCCUGAAGUAGAAGGUCAAAACUGGCCUCCUACUUUGGUGCGGCCCACUUGGAAGACAGUUUGGGAAUCAAAGACCGCUAGUCUUAGAGAAGGGGUCUUUAGGACCCCUUGUGAUGAGCAGCUUCUCAAUGCAUUGCCCCCUGAGAGUCACAUUGCAAGAGUUGCUUUCCUUUGCCCGAAAUCCGUCCCGCCGCAAAAGAUGGCUUGUGUUGUUCACCUUGCUGGCACAGGGGACCAUGCAUUUGAGCGGAGGCUGCGUCUCGGUGAGCCUCUGCUGAAGGAAAACAUAGCAACAAUGGUGCUUGAGAGCCCUUUCUAUGGAAGAAGACGUCCUAUGCUGCAGCGGGGGGCAAAACUCUUGCGUGUCAGUGAUUUGCUCUUAUUAGGAAGAGCUACCAUUGAGGAGGCCCGUAGUCUUUUACAUUGGUUAGACUCUGAAGCAGGUUUCGGAAAAAUGGGUGUAUGUGGACUUAGCAUGGGAGGAGUACAUGCUGCUAUGGUUGGAUCCCUGCAUCCCACCCCUAUUGCUACGCUCCCGUUUCUUUCUCCACAUUCUGCUGUUGUGGCAUUCUGUGAAGGGGUACUAAAACAUGCCACUGCAUGGGAAGCUCUUAGAGAAGAUCUUGCCAUGCAGAAGGUUACCAUGACACUUGAGGAAGUGCGGGAGCGCAUGCGAAAUGUGUUGUCGCUAACUGAUGUCACACGGUUUCCUAUCCCCAAAAACCCCAAUGCUGUUAUAUUUGUUGCUGCUACUGAUGAUGGCUAUAUCCCGAAACACUCGGUAUUGGAGCUCCAAAAAGCCUGGCCAGGUUCGGAGGUGAGGUGGGUUUCUGGUGGCCACGUAUCGUCUUUCCUUCUUCACAACGGUGAGUUCCGCCGGGCAAUUGUUGAUGGUCUUAAUAGAUUACAGUGGAAAGAGUCUCCUUUAUGAUUAACGUAUGUACAAAACGUAAAAGAGGACCUUCACCUUCUGUGACAGUAGUUAAAUAUGUAGCCACCCAACAGAUUGAAUGAAAAGAACGGGUGGUUUGUACAAUUCCCGGACCAAUUUGGUUGUUAAGAAAGGAUACAGUCUUCGUUUGGAAAAUCAAUAAAAUUCUGAAAUUGUUCAUAUGCUAUAAAUCUGUUCUCCUUCGAA